CUGAAACUUGAUGUUUUUGUGUUGCAUGGAAUGGCGGGAUCACAACAAACGAACUACGGGUGACCUUCCAGCUCCUAUUGGUUAGACACGCACCUUUGAAAUGAUGACCUUCAUUCAUCAUAAUCUGCCAUAACGCAAAGUUCGUCUAAAUCAUCAUUGAUCAUUCAAGAACCGAAAGCUAAAGUAGCUUGAUAGAGAACCUGAAAGGAAACAACUCCAGACAAUUAUUACAUAUCAUUUUGAUCUAAAGCAAUGUCCGAACUAGAAUUAGAAACGACAGUCGAACCUGAGCCAGAAACAACGGCCAAACCGGAACCAGAAACAACGACCGAACCUGAACCAGAAACAACAGCUGAACCUGAAUCAGAAAUAACGACCGAACCUGAACCAGAAACAACAGCUGAACCUGAACCAGAAACAACGACCGAACCUGAACCAGAAACAACGGCCGAACCUGAACCAGAAACAACAGUUGAACCUGAACCAGAAUCAACAGUCGAACCUGAACCAGAAACAACGACCGAACCUGAACCAGAAACAACGGCCGAACCUGAACCAGAAACAAUGACCGAACCUGAACCAGAAACAACAGUCGAACCUGAACCAGAAACAACAGCUGAACCUGAACCAGAAACAACAGUCGAACCUGAACCAGAAACGACGGCCGAACCUGAACCAGAAACAACGACUGAACCUGAACCAGAAACAACAGCUGAACCUGAACCAGAAACAACAGUCGAACCUGAACCAGAAACUAACAGCUGA